ACAAGGGGGAACUUCAAGCUCUUCAGCCUCUUUCCUGUUGAUCUGACUGUUAGCUUGAGCUGCUUCUACUCAAUGAGAAUGUGGUCCUGGUUAUUUAUCUGCACCUUUCUGGGAAUCACUUCCAUGCAUGAUGUCUCUGCCCAGACCUGUCUUUGUGGCCAGGGUUUGUGUGCAGAUGGCUGGGUGCAGUAUAAGUCUGCCUGCUACAAGGCUGUGAGGCAGCUAUACACCUGGACUGAAGCUGAGAUAUCUUGUCAGAGUUACACUCCGAACUCCCACUUGGCCUCCGUCCAUAGCAUUGAAGAAAAUGAUUUCAUUUUUCAUCUGAUGGGCAGACCAGUGGACUACAACAAAGGAGAGGCCUACUGGAUUGGUGCACAUGACACCUUCAAGGAGGGAACCUUUGUGUGGACUGAUGGUUCAAGAUUUGAUUUCAAUUCAUUUCCUUCUGAACAACCUGAUGGAUUGUCAGGAGAACACUAUCUUGGCUCCUGGUUCAUACGCAAUGGAAAGGUUUCCUGGAAUGAUUAUGGCAAUUAUUGGAAACUCUUAUCUGUUUGUAAAUAUUAUCUAGCAAAUAGAGGAUGCACUUCUUGUUAGGAGAUAUGAGAGACACACAUUCCCAAGCUGCAGAAGGCUUAUUUCUACCCUGGAAGAUUAUUCUGUAAAGCUUUGCUUUUCCUCAGCAACUUUCUCGAGAAACUUGUUUCAGUGCAGAUCACACUAUUUGCCUUAUUCUGUAGGAGCAACUGGAUUUUACCACUAUAAAAUCUUUUUAAAAUCAUUUUUAUUGAGAUUCAAAUAAAAAUUGCUGG